CCCCUCCAGCUAUAUAUAUACAUAUCCAACAUUUCCCUCCAUACUUAACGAAUCAAACCCUACACACCCAUCUUCUCCGAGCGAGUUAGCUUGUUGCAAACGCCAAUGGCAUCGACCUCUGGUUCUCGACCCCAUGGGGGUGUCGGAAGAAUCAGCUCCACCGCCACAACUCUCUUCUCCGACAAUCAAUACCUCAUCGCUGAAAUUCGAAAAGUUAUGAUCACGAUGAAGGAAGUCGCUGUUGAUUUGGAGAGAGAUACCGAGUCUCAGAUGGUAAAAGAGCUCGAAGAUGGUCUUCUUCAAUUGUUGGUAGCUUCUGAAGAUUGUGCAAAUUUUUCCUCAGCACUUCAAUCUGUUGGACAUGUUUACCAGCCUGGGGAAGAGUUAACAGAUUUUAAGAAGUUGUUUGAUGAUGAGAUUACAAAGUCCAAGGCUAAUUCAUCUUCAAUUCCCCCAAAUCAUCCACUGUUACGCCAGUUUAGGGAAGCAAUUUGGAAUGUUCAUCAUGCAGGCCAGCCAAUGCCUGGUGAAGAGCAGGAGGAUCUUGUAAUGACCAGUACACAAUUCAACCUUCUGAAUAUUAAAUGUCCAUUGACUGGAAAGCCUAUCACUGAACUGGAAGAACCAGUUCGCAGUGUGGACUGCAAGCAUAUAUAUGAAAAGAAUGUCAUUAUGCAGUACAUAAGGUCGAAGAAUAUACAAUGUCCUGUAGCAGGUUGCCCAAGAAUACUUCAGGCAGCAAGAGUGGCUUGUGAUCCAUUGUUACUUGUUGAAAUUGAAGAAAUGCGCUCAUCGACCAAACAUUCUGUUAGGCCCGAUAUGGUAGAAGAUUUCACUGAGCUUGAUGAAGAGGAUUCCGGUUGAUGAGGAAUAGUAACUCCAGAGACAUUUUUGACAAGAAAAUCAUAAUUAUGAGGGUCUCCACCAUUGCCUCUGGAUUAAGUAUAUCUUCUUUUGUUUGCAGUUCGGCAAAUAGGUGCCUUCACUGGAAUGGAGUACUAUUUUACGCCCGUAAUCCUGUCCGAUUCUUCCUCUUUUCUCUCUUCAAGAAUCGGAUAUGUAGCUUUCUUGUUAAUGUGUUGUGCAUAUAAAGUAGGCAAAGUGGCACGAGUUUUAUUUGUAAAACUUCAGAGAGGUUCUGGUGGUACUUCAAUGAAGAAUGAAUUGUGAUUUUCACAAAUAUUGUUUUCUAGUGGCUUAUGGUACAUACUGAAGAUUGCAGAAUUCUAUGUGAAUGUAAAGAAGGGGUUCUUAGUGAUUUAA